AUGAAAUAUCAAAUUGAUAUUAAUAUUCAACUUAUUUUGCUCUUCAUUAAUAUAAGUGAAUAGAAGCUUUGAAGGGUAUUCAUAAAAAUUUUUACGAAUUUAAAAUUCACAGAGUGUAAUUUUUUAAUUAAGAAUUAAUAUUUGAAACUUUAAAGUUUAAUUUUGUUAUUAUUUUAAGAGCUUAUAUAAAUAUUCUAACAAUAUUUAUUUUUUGUUAGAAUUAUUAAUAGGGAGAUAAGCUUUCUAAAAAUUGUUGAAAAAUUUUUAAAUUAAAGACUUUCAUGUAACAAAAUUUCCUUAAUUUAAAGUAGUAUGGUUUAAAUUGCGAUACAGAGGAUAGAGGAAGGCUUUCUAAUCUUCUUGAUAACAGUUAUAAUAAAAUUGAUUUAACAGAUAAGGAAAUAGAUUAACUUUUUUAUUUGAUUGAGCUUUAAGUUAAUAAAUGUUACUUUAUUAUAGGCAUACAUUGCUGGAUAAUUAAAUAAUAGAAUAGACUAUGACAAAAAGAAUAGAUUAUGU